UGUUAGAAUUUGUUGAUAAUUAUUUAAAGUUUUUGAACUCACUCGUAUAAUAGUGUUUGGUUUAUACUUUGUGCUUUUAAUUCGUAUGUUUAUGAACGUGUUUUUAUUUAAUAUUAAAUGUGAGUGGGUAUAGAUUGACAUUUUAUCCUCACUAGUGUCAUGGUGAUACGGAAAAGUUUACCUUGUGCGUGUGAAGGACAUGGGUCGGCAAAUAUUUUGACAGGUGUUUUAUUGUAGAUUAUAAUGUGAAUUGAAGAGGAAACGAUGCCGUCUUCUGACACUCGACCGCCGGGUCGUGCCUGGCUGGAGACAAUGGUGGAGCUGCCGUCGGGCGUUGGGGACGACCCUCCAGAUGUAGUGCCACAAGUUGGUCUAUGCUGCGAGGCGGUGCGGGAGGGGAGGGAGGGAGAGGGAGAUGUGGCACCUGAUGGAGAGCGACUGCCCGGUGAUGGGGCUAGCUGCUCCGCACCUGAUGACCAGCACCGUGUUAGUGAAGAAGACGGUUCUUCAACUAGUCCCCGUAACAGCAUCGACCCAUUUCGUACUGAGAGUGAUCCAGUGUCAUCUGAAUCAAUCUUGAGGACUGGACGGUACUACAAAGGGAUAUUUUGGCCUUCAAUAACAAAUAGCUUUAAAGAUGAAACAGUGGAGUUGUCAUACCAGCGGUAUUCUAGACGUCAGCGUCAGAAAUCUCUCAUUAUGGUGAACGUCGUGGACCUCGCACUAAAGAUAUGCUUGUCGUUAAUUUAUACGCUCACCAAUAGAAAUGACAUUGAAUCGGUGGCGGAUGGGUACCAGAUCGCGUGGACGGUGGCAUUCGCUUGUCUCAAUGUAGCUGUCUGUAUGCUUGGCUGCUGGCGGUGCUUCGCCAACAACUACCUACACUGGGCCGCCGCCGCCACAUGGAUACUACUUAUAGCACAAGGUUUAAGUGGUCAAGGCAUUGGUUUCCAAGCGCCAGAGAACCAAGUGUGGUAUAUGUUGUUCAUCAUCUUCGCGCCGUACGCCAUGUUGCCGCUUUCGCUGGGCUGGUGCAUUGUCAUCGGUCUGCUGUCCUCCGUGUCGCACGUCCUCGCCACCGCCGUCGUCAUUAAAGAUAUUAUGAAUAGCAGCACUGAAGUAGCUCAAUCUUGCGCGCUGCGAUUACUAAUCGCCAACGCAUUGCUGUAUAAUGCAGUGAACUUCGCGGGAAUGUACGCCAAGUAUCUGACGGACUGGGGACAGCGCAAAGCGUUCCUAGAGACGCAUCGCUCCAUGGUCACCCGACAGAGAACUAAACGAGAGAGUGAUCGACAAUGGAAACUUUUUCAAAGUGUGAUACCAGACUUCUUAGCGAAGGAGAUCUACAGCCAUGUGUCCAGAGUGAAGGGGGAAUUCCAAGAGCAACAGUUCAAUAAUCUCUAUAUUCAGAGGCACGAAAAUGUCUCGAUACUAUUUGCUGACAUAAAAGGAUUUACAGAACUGUCAAGUAAAUGUAAUGCUCAAGAGUUAGUGAAGAUAUUGAACGAGCUAUUUGCACGCUUUGAUAGACUAGCAUCGGAGAACCACUGCCUUCGCAUCAAGUUGCUGGGCGACUGCUACUUCUGUGUGAGCGGGCUGCCGGAGCGCCGCACCAACCACGCCUACUGCUGCGUCAACAUGGGUCUCCACAUGAUACGUGCUAUUCGCGAUGUGCGAUACAAUGCUCAGGUGGACCUGGACAUGCGUAUCGGCGUGCACAGCGGCGCGGUGCUGUGCGGCGUGCUGGGCCUCCUCAAGUGGCAGUUCGACUUGUGGUCGCUCGACGUCAACAUCGCCAACCAUAUGGAAAGUGGAGGCUUGCCCGGGCGGGUGCACAUAUCGUCAGCAACGCUGGAGUGUCUCAAUGGCACGUUCGAGGUGGAAGCGGGCGAGGGCGAGACGCGCGACCCGCGUCUGCGCGAGCUCGGCCUCUCCACAUACCUCAUUAAAUCCUCCGAGCAGCCGCGCAGGACGCGCCAUCGCUCCAGACCCAACUGCAUUCAAGUGGUUCAGCAAUCCUCUUGCGAGACACCGCGUCGCACUAGCAGCAGCAUUGAUGACGAGACCACGACAGACUGGACGCCAGAACUGCCAUUUCAAAGCUACUUUUCGAGUACUUCAGCCAUAGUGACUCGCCUGCCGCGUCUGAUCAAACACGAGGAUGCAGAGCAGGGGCAAGAUAUUGAAAUUACGUCAAUGUCUGAUGAGGACGAUAUAAUAAACCACUCUAUCGAGGUGAGCAGCAACCGGCGCAUGCGGCUGGACAACAUGCGCGCGUGGUCGCUGCGCUUCCGGCGCGCCUCGCUCGAGCAGCGCUUCGCCAGCCAGGACGAGCGCACCUUCAAGUCCAACGUCAUGUGCUGCCUCGUGCUCUGGCUCUUCAUACUUGCCGUGCAAUACGUCAUACAUUUCAACUGCUGGCGACUGGUGGCGACGCUUGGCAUAAUGACAGCGCCACUGGUACUUUCGUUCUGUCUGGUGAUGGCAGAGGAGUUCCCCGGCGUGGCGCCGCGCCUCGCCCGUGCCUCCGCCGCGCUCGGCCGCACGCGGCUCCGUCGCAAUCUGCACAUCUGCUGCUUCGUUACUAUCAUGUCUAUUUCUAGCACUUCUAAGCUAUACAUCUGUCCGUCUUCGUUCCGGAACGCGACGAGUACGUUGGCGAGACCGAACAUGACGGGCACGGAGCGUGAGCGCGGGGGCGAGUGCUACCGGCCCGAGUACGUCGUCUUCACGUGGAUUCUUUGCCUGGUCGCGCUAACCUCUAUCCUCAAGCUGUACUACCUCAUCAAGACGCUGCUGGCCGUACUCAAUGUAGCAAUGUUCUCGGUACUACUGCUACUAUACUACAACGAGUACGCCUUUGAUACUUUAAACAGAAACACCCAGCUACCAUUCUACGUGCAGAUGUUGAUCUUGAUGGUGAUGUUCCUGGUGAUGGUGGUGUACCACGCGAGGCUGGUAGAGGUGACUUCGCGGCUGGACCUGCUGUGGCGGCUGCAGGCGCAGACCGACCUCGCGGAGAUGCGCGACACGCAGCGCACCAACCGGCACCUGCUCAAGCACAUCCUGCCAGACCACGUCGUCGCUCACUUCCUUGCCAAGGACCGAUGCCCGGAUGAGCUAUAUUCGCAAUGGCGAGACGAAGUAGGCGUGAUGUUCGCGGGUAUUCCCAACUUUCACGAGUUCUACUCCGAGCAGAAGGCCAUCGACUGCAUGCGCCUGCUCAACGAAAUAAUUUUUGACUUUGACAAACUGCUGAUGCAGCCAAGAUUCAAGAGCAUAGAGAAGAUCAAAACUAUCGGCGCGACGUACAUGGCGGCUUCCGGUCUUAAUCCUAAUCACAGAAGCGGACAGGACGAAUGCGAGCACCUGUGUGCGCUGGUGGACUACGCAUUCGCGCUGCGCGAGGCGCUCGACGACAUCAACAAGCACAGCUUCAACAAGUUCCGUUUGCGAAUCGGCAUAAGCUGCGGGCCGCUGGUGGGCGGUGUGAUUGGCGCACGAAAGCCUGUCUAUGACAUCUGGGGCAACACCGUCAACGAGGCCUCGCGCAUGGAGAGCACCGGCGCCAUGGACCGCAUACAGGUCACCAAGUACACCAAGCAGGUGCUGGAGCGCCGCGGGUACGGACUGGAGCCGCGCGGGCCAGUGGAGGUGAAGGGCAAGGGGCGCAUGACCGAGGGCUCGGUGGCCUCGGUGGCCAACGGCACGCCGGGCUCUUUCCGCUUCCGUUCCGUCACCACCGCCUCCUUCUUCCGCAGCCGCAACAGGGACAGGAAGAACAAGGAGCAAGUGGAUGAGGAUGCCAAAGAGAACGGCGACACAAACGUAACUACGAGAAUGUAA